AACCCACCCCCUUUAGAAGCUCAGAGUCAGCCAAGAGAAGUUUGUUUCAAUGUUUACAACGUGUUUUUUAAUCAGAAGAGCUGUUGCUAUCCCGGUGGCAGCACUUCACUGCUCCUCCUGCUCCGGGGAUGGUGGCACUGGAGCAGUUUUCCAACACAACCUUUGCCAUUCGGAGAGGAGGGAGAGCCACUGUUUACCCCCCUGCAUGUGCCGUGAUAUCAUUGACUUCAGCCUCUCUUGCUGCGCUGGGAAACACAAUGGAGUUUGCCAGAGAAAGGAUUUUUGUGUGGUUUGUUGUUGGGCUUGUUUUUCCUCCCUUGGCCGAGGCUCAAGAAUUUCCCGAACAACUUUUCAGAGAAUCCGCUCCAGCCGCUCAACAGCAAAGUGCUCUGUUUGCUUUUUAUAAUACAGAUAAAGCUGAAACUCUGCCAAGGAGGAAAGGGGAAGAAAGCCAGGGAAGAGAGAAGUGAUGGUGUGAGGAAUGCCUUUUGCAAAGUGCCUGAGUGAGAAAAGGAUUGUGUGGACAAAGGAGCGCUGAGAGCCGCCAGUCCAUCCCAGGGAGCCUCAGCAUCUCCACUUCCACAGGCACACGGUGAAGGACAAGCUCUGGAUCCCUUCCAAACCUUCCCCUUAAGAUAUUGUCAGUAGGUUCAGAGAUGAAGACACUGCAGAGAAAGAUGAGCGUAUUCCAGCAAACGAAAAUUCUCUUGUGGAAAAAUGUCCUUCUCAAGUGGAGGAUGAAGAUGCAGAGCUUUCAGGAGUGGAUGCUGUCCCUGCUCUUCCUGCCCUUGCUGUUCAUCAUGACCUACCUUAUGGUCAACAUCCAGCACCCCGAAGUGCCCUUCAGCUACCUCGGGCAGUUGGAUGAUCCUGCCUACAAUGCCACCGGGGUCACCGUGGCUUUCACACCCACCACUGCCACCACCAGGCAGAUAAUGAAUAAAGUGGCCUCCAACUCUGUCAUGAGGGGUAUAAAACUGGAGGCACUGGACAGUGAGAACGCCCUGGAAAAAGCCUGGAUUUCAAAUAAUGAAAUUAUAGGGGUUGUAUUUAAGGACAACUUCUCCUAUCACCUCAGGUUUUGUACUGGAAAUAUGAUUAUUCCCAAUGAAGUCUUUGGAUACGUAGACACCUGUUACAAUUUCUCGUCGGGGCACUGUGACAGCCCAAGGUACUGGUACAAAGGCUUCCUGUCCCUGCAGUCCAGCAUUGAUGCUGCUAUCAUAGAGGUGGUAGCAAAUCAUUCUGUUUGGGAAGAAAUGAAUUCAAUUGCUGGAGUCCGAAUGAAGUCCCGGAGCACCAUCUUCACAAUUACACUUGAGUACAGUUUCUUCAUGAUCACUAUCGUGAUGUGUUUCUUUCCCUUCAUGUAUUUCUUAUCAAUGAAUGUUACAAGAGAAAAGAAGAAGCUCAAGGAACUGAUGAAGACGAUGGGGCUGCAGGAUAUUGCGUUUUGGCUCUCCUGGAGUCUGCUGUAUUCUCUCUAUGUGUUGAUCUUCUCCUGCCUGCUGACGGCCCUCGUGCUGCGGAACCCUUUUUACAUCAGCAGCUUCCCUGCGGUCUUGCUGCUGUUUUUCCUCUAUGGCCUGGCAUGUAUCCACCUGGUUUUCCUCCUCUGCUCCCUCUUAAGGACCUCCAAACUUGUCAGCUCCAUCGGGUUCCUCAUCACCUUUAUCUUUGGAUGCCUGAGCCUGGCAUUGCUGAUAGAAAACGUUCCUGAACCACUGAAGUGGUUUCUCGGUCUCUUCUGCCCUUUCGCAUUUAACGCGGGCAUUGCCGAGAUUUUCCAUUUGGAAAAAUAUCGAAUGGGUUUCUCUUUUUCCAACCUUAUGGAGGAAGCCUACUUUUUAUUUUUAACUUACAUUAUGCUGGCCUUUGAUUCAAUCUUGUACAUGCUGUUGGCUCUGUAUUUCGACAAAGUUCUGCCAGGCAAAUAUGGCAUUCCAGACCCCCCUUUCUUCUGCCUGAAACCCUCCUACUGGAUGAGGAGCAGGAGAGGUUCCACCAGGGAGACCCCCAGAUCCACAGCCAGCCCCGAGGAGCUCCUUGGUGAUGAUGUAGAGCCAGUGCCCCCUGAAUUCAGGGGCAAGGAGGCCAUCAGACUCCACAGUAUUAAAAAAACCUAUAAAAAGAAGGACAAGAAGACAGAAGCUUUAAGAGGUUUGUCUUUAAAUAUUUAUGAGGGGCAGAUCACUGCCUUACUUGGCCACAGUGGGGCUGGAAAGACAACGCUGUUGAACGUGCUCAGUGGGCUCACCUUCCCCUCAGAAGGCUCUGCCACCAUAUACAACUACAAACUCUCCGAAAUAGGAGACAGGGAGCAGAUUAGGGAGAUGAUUGGCAUUUGCCCCCAGUUCAACAGCCAGUUUGAAGUCUUGACUGUGAAGGAAAACUUGAAAACUUUUGCAGAAAUCAAGGGCAUCAAGCCCAAGGAGGUGGAGAGAGAGGUGCAAAACGUUUUGGAACUGCUGGAUAUCAGUAACAUUCAAGACACUCGAGCUGAGAAACUGAGUGGUGGGCAGAAAAGGAAGUUAUCUAUUGGAAUAGCCAUGCUUGGAAACCCCCAGGUUCUGCUCCUGGACGAGCCAACAGCUGGGCUGGAUCCUCUCUCCAGGCACCAGGUGUGGAGCCUCCUGAGGGAGCACCGGGCGGGCCGGGUGAUCCUGUUCAGCACCCAGUUCAUGGACGAGGCCGAUAUCCUGGCAGACCGCAAGGCUUUUAUCUCGCACGGGAGGCUGAAGUGUGUCGGUUCCUCGCUGUUCCUGAAGAAAAAAUGGGGGAUUUGUUACCAUUUAAGGAUCCAUGUCAGUGAGUCCUGUGACUUGGAGAACGUGACAUCCCAGGUUAAGCAGUACAUCCCCAACGCCACCUUCUCAGGACACAGCCAGUAUGAGCUGAGAUAUAAACUGCCACUAGAAAACGUGAAUAGGUUCCCAGAUCUGUUCAGUGGCCUGGACAGCUGCUCUGGGGAGGGCAUUAUCAAUUAUGGGGUCAGCAUGACGACCCUGGAGGAUGUCUUCCUGAAACUGGAGGGAGAAGACACGGCGGACCAAGAAGGUGAGCACGUCCUCGGGGACGAGUGGGCAGAGGCAGGAUCACGAGGCACCGACGGGACCAAGUCGGGCUCCCUCCUGCUCUCGGACGCUGGGAAGGUGACAGUGGAUGGCCUGGCCCUCUGGAGGCAGCAGGUCUCUGCCAUGGCAUGGGUGCACUUCUUAAAGCUCAAGAGUUCGGUGACAAACCUGCGGUCAAUUUUGCUGCUCUAUGUGAUUUUUCUGCUUCCUGUGGUUUUGCAACUGUCCUUGGUUGCUGGCUGGAUGAGUGUGAGUUCCUGGGAGCUCUCAUCUGCACGGUACUUCCUGCCCCUGGGGAAGAAAUCCUACCUGGAGACGACCACCCUCCUGGUCAUCAACAGCACAGGCACAGGCAUUGACAGCUUCAUCCACGUGCUCCAGAGCCAAGACCUUAUGGUGGAAAUAACGAGCGAGGACAGUAUCGCCGAGGAAAUGAAACACAACGGGGCCAUAGCAGUGUAUCUCAAAGAUCAGAGCUACAGGUUCACCGUGUUGUGCCACUUGGAGGCCGUGAACUGCUUCCCCGUGCUUGUGAACAUCAUCAGCAACGCCCUGCUGAGAACCCUCAACUCCACCGGGCGCAUCCGCAUCUGGAGCCACCCUUUUUUCCCUCUCAACUAUCAACCAUACUGGGAUUAUUUUAUUCCAUUUUACCUCGUUUAUAUGGUGUUGUUAUUCCCUGGUUUUCCUCCUCACUUUGCAAUGGGCUACACGCAGGACUACAAGGUGGGAGCUCGUGACCACCUGAGGGUCUCGGGGCUCUUCCCCUCAGCCUACUGGUGUGGCCAGGCACUGGUGGACAUCCCACUGUGCUGGAUCCUGCUCUUCUCCAUGUUUGGGCUCCAGUUUGCCUUGAGCAACAAGAUUUCUUGGACCAUCAGCAGCUUCUCACUGGUCAUGGGGACGUUGGGUUAUGGGAUUUCUCUCGUUCUCUUAAGCUACUUGAUCUCCUUCAACUCUCGCAAGGGGUGGAACUGCGACCUUUGGUCUUUUAUCCUGAUAGUGGUGUGCCUUAUCUCUCUUUUAAUCGGCAGAGUCAUGGAUUUUUCAAGCGACCCUCGGAACUCCCUCUACAUUCUGUCCCUCUUGAUUCCCGUGUACCCCCUGCUGGGGUUUGUGAUCCAGCAGCCCUAUGUCCAUUCUGUGGCUUUCAUUUUUCUCCUUCGCUAUUUGGAGUUAAAAUACGGAAGAUCAGUUCUGAGAAAGGACCCAAUAUUUAGGAUUUCCCCAAGAAGAGAAAGAAGCCACCAGCACCCCAAGGAGCUGGAAGAGGAAGAUGAAGAUGUUAAAGCUGAAAGAGAAGCAGUGAAAAAUGCCAUAGCAGCUCCGAGCCAGGACGAGAAAUCAGUCAUUAUAGUCAGCAAUCUGUGCAAGGAAUACAAAAUAAAGCAAGCUGGUUCUGUUUUUAAGAAGAAGAAGAAAACAGCCACCAAGAAUGUUUCCUUCCAUGUUAAAAAAGGAGAAGUAUUAGGACUUCUGGGGCCCAACGGAGCCGGUAAAAGCACAGCUAUCAAAGUGAUUACUGGAGAGACAACCCUGACUGCUGGGCAGGUGCUGAUGAAGAGGGGAGGUGGAGCAACCCCCCAGGACCACGGGCCCGCCUUCCUGGGGUACUGCCCUCAGGAGAGCCCGCUCUGGCUGGACCUCACCGUGCUCGAGCACCUGAAGGUCUACGCGGCCGUGAAGGGGCUGCGCAAGGGGGACGCGGCGGUCACCAUCACCAGGAUAGUGAAUGCUCUGCAGCUUCAAGACUACCUAAAAAAAAAAGUCAGAAAAUUGUCUGCUGGGAUAACCAGAAAGCUGUGUGUCGCGGUGUGUAUGCUGGGCAACCCCUCCAUCCUGCUCCUGGAUGAGCCCUCCACGGGCAUGGACCCCAACGGGCAGCGCUGUGUCUGGAAGAUGAUCCGUGAUGCCCUGACAGCCCAGGAGUCGGGAGCCAUCCUGACCACGCACUACAUGGAGGAGGCGGAGGCCGUGUGUGACCGUGUGGCCAUCCUGGUGUCUGGGCAGCUGAGGUGCAUUGGCUCCAUUCAGUACCUGAAGAACAAGUUUGGCAAAGGGUAUCUGCUGGAAAUCAAGGUCAAGGAUCCAGAGCGCACAGAUCUUCUCCAUGCCGAGAUUUUGAAGAUUUUCCCAAGCGCAGCCCGUCAGGAGCGGUUCCCCUCUUUGCUUGUCUACAAGGUCCCAAUGGAAGAUGCACUGCCCCUGUCUCAGUCUUUCUCCAAGCUAGAGGAAGCCAAACGAAGCUGCAACCUCGAGGAGUACAGCUUCUCCUUGAAUACUUUGACUCAGGUGUUUCUGGAACUCACCCGAGAGCAGGAAAAGGAUAAUUUUGAUCUGACUUUGGACGGGACUUUCGAAUGGAAGCAGCUUCAGCAGCAGGAGUGUUGAAGGCCCAAGAUGCUCAUUUAUUACUCAAUAUUAACCAAAUGCAUGUAUUUACUGCCACUAUC